GCACUUGAUCGAACAUCGGGAAGACGUUUUGUGCUAGGGCGAUCUGUGUGGACCCAGGACAUACUGCUCGUUACAGUCAGACGAAGUGAAGCUCCUAGCUAUAGAGAUGUUCGGGCGUUGUUAACCACAUCGGAAAAGCACCUGCACCGAGUAAAAGAAGUGCUCAGAGACUACAUGAAUUUAUUCGAUGCCAUUAACAAGUUCCACAAGUGUUGUUCGGUGCCUCCGAUUAUAUACGGGAGGCUUCAAAUUGAUGGGUUUUGA